AUGGCCCUUCCUAGACUGCCUAUUACCUUGAAGAACCAGAGAUGCUCCCUACAAACCGAGGAGUACAACACCCUCAAAGACAAUGAUAUUGUAUACAUUGUCGACGACAACUCCCUGAUGAGAUGGGUGGAUAGAAAGCUGGGGAUUGUACCCUGGACACAAACUCGUGAUUCACUGGCCCUGCUUACCAGUAUAUGUGCCGAAUGGGGCGACCAAGGCCAGGCUAUCAGAGCCAUUUUCGACGGCAGAAGCCCUGUUGGAACUGCAAAUAUGGCAAGCACUCUUCUACGGCUUGUUCAGCGAUACUUUGGUGACUUCAUCUACGGACAGACCAAAGCGUUAAACAUCGUUGUCAUCUCAGAUAGAGCUUUUUCCGAGGAGUUGGCCAACACGGUAGCCUGGACUGUGCAGCAACAAGAAGUAUUCAAGGUGCCUGAGGAGCAUUUGGGAAUUCAGUUUGUCCAAGUUGGUGCAUAA